AUGCAUGGUAACCGCGCCAACAGCACAAACAACGACGAUGGCGAGAGAGGCCGUGACAAGCUCCUCGCGCCCCUCUCCCUGCCCAAGAACCGCAGCACCAGCAACCUCGCCCUCUCAGCUGACCCCGAUCGCAGCCGCUAUCGCAUGUCCUUUGAGGGCUCGUCAUCUGCCGCCCCCGACCAUGACUUGAUGACCAGGCCUUCGCCCGUUGCCGACCACGAACAUGGCCUGGGACUAUCCGGUCUGCGCCGCAUACGGCAGCAUCCACCCUCACGCAACCCAACCAUGCCAAACUCCAACGCUUCCUCUCGUAGCCCGUCCGUCGUAACUCUCUCCCGCUCGACCUCGAUGAGUGCCACCCUUGCCACCCCCGCGCCGCUCUCCUCCUUCUCCGCCUCCCCGGCCUCUCCCAGCUUUUCCGAAGACCUCUCCCGCUUCCCGACCGAGUCGCUGCAUUCCUUCUCCUUUGCCCACCAGUCUGAAGACUUUCUUCACAACCGUCAAAAUGUCCUCAAACGCUCACUCGAAUUCAUAAAGGACCGCUUGGGCAUGCCUUUAACCGCCAACCAGGUUGGGUUGGCUAGCGCUCAGGCCAGAGUCACUGGCGACUUGGAGGCCCAAAAUAUGCUCGAAAUGCUCGCCAAGGCCCAAAUCAUCGGCGCCAGCAACCUACCCAACCCAGAUGCUUCCUCCGCCAUCCCCCCGCUUACCGGGCCCCCGGACAUGUCUGGAGAGAACAUCUUUGAGAAGCAAUUUACUCCCAAUACGCUCAGCGCAGACCCUACUAUCAUACACGAGGAGCCUGAGGAGCUUUCCACGUCGCCCAAGUCCCUCCGCCCAGUAUUGAAUAAGGAAGAUCAGCAUAACUCACAACAGUCGAAUCAAACACGUUCAAAUGAAAGCAACGUACAAAAGUCGAGCAAAAUAGCUACAGACGAAAGCAACACACAAAAGUCGAGUCAAAUACCUUUAGACGAGAGCAAGACGACAAGCACCACGUCACCGCCCACUUCGCGGCCAACGAGCCUCAAACGCACAAUGACGGAUACCCUUUCCGUAGCUCUCAAGGACAAGCUGAUCGAUACCAUGGCCCAGCCAUUCAUGGCUGGCUCGACAUUGCAUCAAGAGUCGAGUCUUUCACCAAUCCCUACCCAUCAACACUUGCCGUCCCAAAAUUUUCCAGGUGCCAUGAACCCUGCCGUGCAUGGACACACCAACAGAUGGGUUCCCGCCGCCCAAGCCAUCUUCACCACCGAAGCCAAACCUCCUUGGACCAUCCUCGCCGCCAACGAUCUUGCUUGCCUAGUAUUUGGAGUCACCAGAGCCGAAGUUCGAAAGAUGGGUAUUUUGGAGGUUGUCCAAGAGGAGAGACGAGCCUGGCUUGAACGAAAGCUGCUAGACAAGGAUGUUAGCGAGGGGAUGCCGGAAACUACCGCCGACCUGUCGCCUGCAAGCUCAGCCGCAAGUGUACUUCUUGGUGGACGCUCUGGAAUCACUGCACAACUAUUGGGCAAGCCAAAUUCGAGAUCACAAACACCUCAGCCUCCGCGGAGAGCUCAAACUGUUCAUAGUGGCGAUAUGGAGCCGCCAAAGCCAUGCGGUACCGAUGCGCAUCGUAGCUCAGGUUCCCGAGGCGUUUUGCUCUGUGGUGAUGUUGUUCCCAUCCAGAAGCGUAAUGGACUCACCGGUUCUGCCAGUCUAUGGGUCAAGGAAAAACGUAGCGGCUUGAUUUGGGUCCUUGAAGAGAUACACGAAGACGUCGCCACUAUCGAACUCGACGAAGAGGGCGUCGUCAAAUACGUGACUGGCGCUACCGAAACCAUUUGGGGCUUCAAAUCUGUCAAGCCGGGUAUUGAUAUUGCGAACCUGAUCCCACGAAUUCCCCGGCAAGGUUUCGAUCCAACUCAGGGUGAGAUUGAUUUUGCCCAAACACGGAAGCGACGCUUCUUCACCUGUCCCAACUAUCGAAAAGUCAACAUUCCCUGCACUGUCGAACAAACUCAAGGCAAACUCGAGCUCAGAGUUUCCACCUUCCCCCACAUGGCUGGCAUCAUCGUCGUCGACCCCACCAACUUUAACAUUCGCAGUUCCAAUUCAGCCUUUAGUGGCGCACUCUUUGGCUUUGAGAAACCUGCAGGCACGUCCAUCAAUACCUUGAUUCCUGGCUUUAAUAAGAUUAUAAAUACCCUUACCGAGGAAGACGGCUUGCAACUUCUCGACGGUAUGGUCAUUCCAGAGCAUCGCUUCAGAAGGGCUGCUGCCUUUACCGCAAUCAAAGAACACAGGCCCAACGCCGCGGCGUCAUUUUUGCAACCCAACGGACUGACUGCGAAGCACCGCGACGGCUCUGACCUCAAUAUUGACGUUCAAAUGCGCAUUGUUGAGAGUGAAAAACAGACCGAAGUUUCGCACGAGAUUAUUGAAGAGGCCGUCGACGACGACCACACAGACAUUUCCUCGACGCAACCACACACUGAAAUGGUUUUUGCUCUCUGGAUCACAUACUCUAGACACAUUCAUGCAGUUACCAACGUCUUAGACCCAGCCAAGCGUAUACCUUCGGGCCCGCCAACGCCGCUGCAUCAACCUUCACCCGGCCAGACACCUAUUCACACACCCAUGCUUCUAUCGGACAAUGAAGCCGAGGCCGACGAGCCGCAAGUACCUUCCGCCUCGCCCUCCAGCAUGUCGAAAAUUAAGGAUGCAGCGCUGAAUGCCGCGGCAAGACUCACGGGCCAGAAUAGAUUAUCGCCCAAGGCAGCCGUCGCUAAUCCAGUCUUGACAGCUGCAGAGGAAGAGCCUCGCAAGGCGACCAUAGACGACUACACCAUUUUGGAAGAAAUGGGCCAAGGUGCCUACGGUCAAGUGAAGCUUGCUAGGAACAAACGAAAUGGCAAAAAGAUGGUACUAAAGUACGUCACAAAGCGACGUAUCCUGGUUGACACCUGGACGCGCGACCGAAAACUCGGCACUGUACCGCUAGAAAUUCACGUCUUGGACUAUCUUCGCAAACCCGAGUUUCGACACCCCAACAUUGUCGAAAUGGAGGGUUUCUUUGAGGACGACAUCAACUACUACAUUGCCAUGGUGCCCCACGGACUGCCAGGCAUGGAUCUGUUUGACUAUAUCGAGCUGCGCUCCAACAUGGAGGAAGCUGAGUGCCGCAGCAUCUUUUCGCAGGUAGCGCAAGCUAUUCACUUUUUGCAUACCAAAGCUCUGGUUGUGCACCGCGACAUCAAGGAUGAGAAUAUCAUCCUCGACGGCGAGGGCAACAUUAAACUCAUCGAUUUUGGCAGUGCCGCCUACAUUAAGAGCGGACCGUUUGAUGUUUUUGUUGGCACCAUCGAUUACGCUGCCCCCGAAGUCUUGGCUGGAAAGCCCUAUGGCGGCAAACCGCAAGACGUGUGGGCGCUGGGCAUUCUCUUGUACACCAUUAUUUACAAGGAGAAUCCCUUCUACAGCAUUGAUGAGAUUAUGGACCACGACCUGCGCGUGCCGUUUACCAUGAGCCCCGAGAGCAUUGACCUCAUCCGGUGCAUGCUCAACCGCGACCUGCCCCAGCGCGCCGACAUUGCGCAAGUACUGGAGCAUCCCUGGUGCAAGGGCGCCUCGCUGAAGAAUUAA